UGUGUUAAAACUUUUUCGUCAUGUUAAGUCUCUGUACAAAUAGAACGCGUGAAUGAGCGAUCAAAGAUUUGAGACAUAUUCUACCGAAUCAAUAGACAAGUGUAUGAUAUGAUAUAACGUUUACAGGAUUUUUAUUUUGAAAGAUGGCAGACAAAAUUGGUGGCUAUGAAUUUUGGAGAAAGACAUUGAAUUCUGCAAAGUAUGUUGUGGCCCCAAUGGUAGACCAGAGUGAAUUGGCAUGGAGAAUGCUUAGUCGUCGCUAUGGUGCUGAACUCUGCUACACACCGAUGUUGCAUGCUUCAGUUUUUAAUAGGGAUCAGCACUACAGAACAGAAGCUUUGCAGUCCUGUUCAGAAGACAGACCACUCAUAGUUCAGUUUUGUGCAAAUGAUCCAGACACUUUCCUUAAGGCAGCCCUGUUGGCAGAGGAUCACUGUGAUGCCAUUGAUCUCAACCUUGGCUGUCCACAAGUCAUUGCAAAGCGUGGACACUAUGGUGCUUUUCUACAGGACGAAUGGGAACUCUUGGAGAAAAUGGUGAAACUUUGUCAUGAGAGGCUUAAAGUGCCCAUCACCUGUAAAGUGAGAAUCUUUGAGAGCAUGGAAAAGACUGUGAAGUAUGCUCAGAUGUUAGAAAAGGCUGGAUGUCAGAUAUUAACUGUCCAUGGUAGAACAAAGGAACAGAAGGGCCCUAAGACAGGAUUGGCUGACUGGAGAUAUAUCAAAGCAGUCAGGGACAAUGUGAAGAUUCCUGUUUUCAGUAAUGGUAACAUCCAGUACCUGUCUGAUGUCAAAAGGUGUCUUGAGGAAACUGGAGUUGAUGGCGUUAUGACUGCAGAGGGUAACCUACACAACCCAGCCCUCUUCCAUGGUAUAGACCCUCCUAUCUGGAAGAUGGCGGAGGAAUACCUAGAAUUUGUUGAUAAAUAUCCCUGUCCUUUAUCCUAUGUAAGAGGACAUCUGUUCAAACUCUUUCAUCAUGGUCUGGUUAUUCACUCUGACAUCAGGAUGAUGGUAGGUACAGGGAAGUCAUUGGAUAGUCUCAAACUGGCCGUCCUCAAAAUGAAAGAGAGAUGUUUGAUGGACAUGGAGAAGUUCAAGACUUGUCCAGAAAUAUUUGAGUCCAAACUACCCCAUCCUUACUGGAUCUGCCAGCCAUAUGUUAGACCAAGUCCAGAGGAAGCAGAAGAGAAUCAGAAAAAGCGUGAGGCUACAAAGCGUCCUCUUGAUCUACAGAAUAUUCCAGCAGACAUGGUCGGGAUGUCAAAAAACAAGAUAAAGAAAAAGAUAAAAAAUCCACAUAAAUGUUUUGAUGGAUCAAAGAAGACCAGUUAUGAAAAAUGUGGCAGUUGUCAGAAUCCUAGGGGAAAGAAGUGUGCCUUUGGUCUAUGUAAGAAGUGCUGUAGAAAUAAGACUAAGACAGAAACAUUGGAUUGUGUUGGACAUGGGAUUUACCUGAAAAGCAAGCUUGAGAUAAAAGAGCAGUGUGACAAUAAGAGGAAGGAGCUUGAUCUCUUGGAACACAGGCUGGCAGUUGGUUCUUUAAACCAGGAAGGUCAACAGGAGACUCAAGGCCAUAUUGAAGGUCAAGAGGUCAAGACUGGUGAUAAUGACAAUUUUGCUAAGAGGGAUAUAGAAAGGGAGAGAACCAGUACCUGUAAUGGCAAGGAAACAACAGAGAGUUAUACGGCCAUUACUUAGGCCUGUGUGGAAUUUUAUAUACAAACUGUGGCUUAAGAGUAUAUGUUCAUUUAAAUACAUUGUCUCAUUUAUUUCAUGGCUCUCAUUCAGACCAUCAGGGAUUAACUUUUUGUUUUUGAGUGAAAUUAUCAGACUGAACAUUUUUCUCAAUGUGAUUUUAUUGUUGGACAGAAAAGGACUUGUGUAUGAGAAAGGAAACAUAAAAGAAUUAAGGAUCACAAAGAAGUUACUGAUAUGUCGAGUGCACCUCUCAAGCUUUUUGUUAUAGAAUAUCUAUAAUUUAACUUACCCUGAUUCAUUCAGAAACAGAUUACUAUACCAGUUAUUUGGUCUCAAUCAUAAUUGAAGUUGUUUUUCUCACAUGUUUCAAACUUAAAAAACAUACAUGAUUUCAAUAAAUCACAAAGGACACUAUUACCCUCCUCACAUGAAAAAAAUAGAAUCUGACAAGGAGAAUUAUUUGUUUAUAGACAAGAUAAAAAAAUAGGUUUUAAAAUGGAAACAAAUUUAAAGGAUCAUCAGGUAAAAAGGCCUUAGAAUCUAUUCUAUUGUUUAAUUUGAAACUUUGAAAUAUAUGGAAUGAUUAAAAGUAAAGAUAUACAUGUAAUUUAAGCAUUUUUUAACGAUCUCAUCAGGUCAUUAUACGGUCAAUAUCAGGUUAACUGAUGAGUUCAGAUGGGUUUGUGACAUUGUGUUACAUUGUAAUGGCGUCAUCUAAAAAAAGAAUAUCAUCCAAUAUCAUUUUCAAUGUCACGAAAAUUCCACUUUGAGCUAUUGGGGUGAAGUGUUUUACCCAAGGACAUAAUCAUUGUAGUUGGUUAUGCAGCUUCCUUGGAAACAUAAACAGCCUUGUGUAGGAAGCAUCUAAACCAUACACCUCAGAUGUUUUCAUAAGGUUGCAUGGGCCUAUACGGUUACUAUUGACAAGAUAACAUACAAUUAUCCAAUAUAUUUCUGUAAAACAAAUAUACUUCAUGAAAGUUUCCCGUUUUCCAAUAAUAGACUUGAAGCAUGUAUGAAACAGUUUUGUAAAUGGAAUGUAAUCCUAAGUGUAAUAUCAUGAUAAUCUAACAUUAGAUAUUAAGGAUAUUGCUGUGACUAAGUUUUGCAAAUUUUGAUGAUUUUUUUAUUCAAGUUACUGUGAUUGCUUUUCCAAUAAAAGCUAUAUUGGUUGUUC